UGCUUAUUAAAGCGAUGUUGCUUCGACAUGAUUUGCUCAUCCUGUGCACCGCUCUUUGCUCAGCAACUUUGAGUGUUGCCGCCGGCAUCAUCGCUGCGGACGAUGAGUGCCUUAUUGGAGAUGAUGCUUGCGCUCUGGCUGCGACUCAGCUUCGUGCCCUCAAAAGCACGGAGCACGCUGGGCACGCGGAAGAUGAACAUGCUGAGCAGGUGAAGCAGAUAGAGAUAGCCAAGGAUGCCAGCGAUCAACAGCAAAAGGCAGAGCAGCACCUGAGCACUGAAGACAAGGAGGCCGCCACGGACGCUUCUUCUUCUUCGUCCUCGCUUCCUGCCAUCAGCCAGGGCCCAGAAGCUCGCUACUCUAAGGACAAAAGGCUAUGCGCCCUCCGUCGAGGGCGCGCCGCCUUGCGGCUGCUUGUGUGUGCACACCUCUGUUUCCAAGAGCUUGUUCGAUAUGGAUUUCACGGACCUACUUGUUCCACAGAGCAGGGGACAAGGAGGUCCUAGUGAAGCUUUUGGAGUUGCACCAGCAGCGGAUGAAUGUCUCGGACAGGUGGGGUUCUUCCGGCUCGGUCCGCAUGGGGAGCCUCGCCGCCACGUGCUACGGCUUCACAGGCGGCACGUGUGCCUACGCUUCCUGCAGCAGCUUUCGUAUGGCCAUGUGUGACGCGGGGAAGUGCAUGUGCCCUCAUGGAUGUGCUGGAGCUGAUGGCAGGUGCUACCAGAGCCCAAACAUGGUGGUCGCCAGCUCCUUCAUCCUGACCAACGUGAAGUACCCAAAGUACCGGAUGUAUUUCAAGCGAGUCACUACCUGGGGACAGAUGGGAACUUCCAGCAUGCCCUCCUUCUCAUUCUUUGGCGCCGACCUGUUUGACUUGUACCGGGUGCCAGGCCUCUUCGAUGGAAAGGCCUUAUUCAUGAUUGCAUCUCACAAAUGGCCCAGCUACGUUCUCGCGAUCCGCGCCACCACGGGCACGGCCUUGUCGCCCUUCGGCACCUACUCGGUGGAGCUCAAAGACACCUCGGCACCCUGGAAGCCCGAAGACAUCAUGCUGCGGGUUUGCAGCAUGGCCAGCUAUGGAAAGCCCAAUGCCAUCAUGAUUGGAAGCGCGGGGGCCGUGAAAACCAUCUGGGCCUAUGUGCACAUGGGCUCUUGGUCGGUCUAUGGAUCCAUGAGCAGCCCAGGUGAUGGUGGCGGGUGGAUGCCAAAUCCGCCCAUACCUUAUGCGGCCAUACCACCGUGUUAAAUACACGUGAAUAUUUGUGGUUAUGCAAUUCCCGACAUCCGUAAUCCGAAUCGAAAUGAAUAGAUAUUGCCAUAAGCGC